AUGCAUUACCGGAACGGGCCUCCACGGAGAAGAUCUCGUAGUCAAGACAAAAGUCCGAUUAGUGGAUUUAACCAUUACAAAGGCAUUGUACUCAAAAGCGACUUUAUCAUUGAAAGGAACACCGGAAUUUCAGCUGUUAUAAGACAUCCAAAGAAGCCAAAUUCGGGGAAUCGUAAAUGUGCCAUCGUUCGACUAUCAACUGGUGCUGAAGUGUGUGCUUAUAUUCCAGGUGUUGGACAUAACCUCCAAGAACACUCUCAAGUUCUAGUACGUGGUGGACGAAGACGUGACCUGAUCUCGGUGAAGGCUAAUAUAGUCAGAGGGAAAUUUGACUGCGCACCUGCUGGUGGUGGUAAACAGUAG